GACUGUAACUUUAAAUUCUCCAUUUGCUACAGAGAGAUUUCUCACUUCAUAUACUGUGUUCAUGGUUUUGGAAAAGUCACCUUCACUUGAAUAAUGAACUCCUGUUUUUCUACGCUGCUCGUUUGGAGUGUGUUUCUCACUUUUUCAGUACAAAGUAAUGAAACAUAUGGAUACCUGGGCAACUCAUUAUACCUUCACUUGAAUGUUGAAAAUAUCCUGAACAGUUCAGAUUUUAUGUUGAAAAAGGACAACACUUUGGUUUUUAAGGUUAAUAAAGCUGUCAUUCAAUUUUAUCAAGAGUACCGAAACAGAAUUGUAAUCUAUCCAAAUGGAACCAUCAGACUCAAUGGAGCUCAGGCUACUGAUUCAGGGAAUUACAUUGUGGAGAUGUUUGAUGCAUCUGGUACGAUGAUACACAAAGCGACUCAUAGUGUAAUCAUUAUUGAAAGUGUUGUAGAAGGAGUGUUGGGGAGCUCAGUGUUUUUUCACCUGAAAAACAAGGCACAUGGCGCUGAAAUGAAAUGGAGCAAAGGCGGUGCUGUUGUGGCUUCAUUAAUUAAGGAUUACCCUCGUUACUCUGGCUACUAUAAAGACAGAACACAGAUCUUUACGAAUGGAACAUUAAGACUGCACAAGAUUCAGGAGAACGAUUUGGGGAUUUACACAGUGAAUGUGACUGAUAAGGACAAAAACAACAGUUACAUAGAAUAUGCUGAAUUACUCAUAAGCAACCUAAUAGAGUUACCAUGUGUAUAUGGAGCCACAGCCUGCUCGGUGACCCUCUUUAUUGAACACAUGGAUGGUAGAAACAUUUCUGAUGCAAAAUGGAAGAAGGGAGAGAACUCUCUAGCUGAGUUUAAGGGUCCAACCCCUUGUUACUAUGGAGAGUAUGGAAGCAGGGCAGAGAUCUUUACUAACGGGACUCUCAGACUGGAUAGGACUCUGAAAACUGAUACUGGAAAUUACAGCAUGGAGUUUUUUGAUAAUAAAAUAAAACAGAAAUGGAUAGCUCAGUUAUUUAUAAUAGAUGCAGUGUCCCAGCCUGUGUUGAAAUAUUCCUGCCUACCUGAUGGGGAAGUUCAGUUUUACUGCUCUGUGGAAAACGGGAGUGACCCAGUAUUCCAGUGGAGUUUAAAUGGAAACACUCUAGAUGGCGAAAGUGUCUUCCAUAGUAUUAGAAACCAUGUGCUAGUUGUGUAUAAUGAUUCUGGAAGUUUAGUUUGCUCUGCUCAAAACCAUGUCAGUAAAAAGCAAAGCGACCUUGUUUCUUUUACCUGUGCAGGAAGGCGCAGCAUGAAUGCAGUUAUAUGGUAUGUUGUUGCUGUCGUUGUUGGCAUUGCAUUAUUUGUCUGCAUCCCAGCUGUAGCGACGCAUAAGCAGAACAACACCAACCCACAGCCCCAAACAAAUAUAAUGCUUUUAACUCCAGUCCCACAAAAAGAAGAUGAAAUGCCUGAUUUCCCAAGCCCUCCGGAAGACAUAGCCAAUGAACUCUCAACCUUCACAUGUUAAAGAUUCACACUGAAUAUCACUUUUAUACAUGCAUGUGUUUCAUUUUGAAAUGUAAUGUAAUUAUCUUUUCAACGUUGUUAAUUUGUUCAAUAAACAUUGGCAAUGU